GGUCUCGGGACCGCCCAGUCCGGCAGUUGCAGCCCUGUGCAGUCACCUGGUCCUGUGGGACGCCGUCCACAGCAUCGAGAAUGGCUCUCUCUCGGUCAACAGGACUGGAGCGCUACUUGCAAGCGCAUGGCGCCGUCCGGAGCCUGUUGGUAGCCGUGGGACUUCAGCUGCGCUCUUCCCGCUCGGCCUUCAACAUGUUCAGAGGACACUGCGCCCUGCUCUUCUACAUGACGCACGGGUACGGCAGCAGCCAGCCGUGCAAGCUCUCCCCGCCGACGCCCGACUGGCUCACCCAGGACGACCUGGAGGCAAUGGAAAAGCUGGCGGACGAGUCGGGCGGCAGGACUGCGACCUGCGUGUCCAUCAACCUGGCGCUGAUGCGCUUCGAGCUGGUGCCGGGGAAGGAAGGAUUCCUCGAGCCCUGCUCCAGAGAGACGUGGGCGGACUACGCCGAGGCGUGCCCCGCCCGGGGCAUCCGGUUCGGGCGGCGGGCCGAGGGCGUCGCCUACACAAGGAGUGCGUCGACAAUGCGCAUCUUUGAGGACGAGGAGGCCGUCAAGGCAAAAGUAUCUCAGCUGCUGGGCGCCCACCCCUCGGGCUGCGUGGUCCUGUUCGCCGUCGACAAGGACGACGAGGCCGCCCGGUGUGCCGCCAGGGGGCCCCUGCCCAGGGUCCGGGCAGCGGCGGAGCUGCUGGGCAGGCCCGCCGGCGAGACCUUCCUUCCGCCCGUGGACGUGAGGGACAAACGGGCACUGGUUUGCGUCGUCACCUCGAACAUGAGCCCGAAGAGCGCGCUCACUCAGCUCUGCACUCACCUGGUGCUGUGGGGGGCCCUCUACCACGCUGAAAGCGGGACGUUCUCGACGCCGGGGGCGAGCGUGAGGGAGUUGCAGCUCGAGCCUGGCUGCCCGAUUCAGCUGCUGCUGGGCGUGCAUCCUUCCAUCCACAAGUUCCUGGACGCCGCCGACGAAAGUGCCCUGACGCAGCUUGUGCGCAACGUGUCCAAGUGGCUCGCAGGACGCCACCUGCAUGGCGUCGCUCUCUUCUCCACCGCCUUUGGAAGCCCCAUCAAGCUCCUACUUCUCAGCACUAAAUUGAGAACGUACUUUGGUGCGGCGUCCACUACAAAUCUUACGGUAGCGGUCGGACUCGAGUACUUCUACGCCGCCGACUCGCUCGAGCUUUUCGGGAGGCAAUGCGAUUUGCUCUUUUACGUGACCCACCGCUACAAAAGCCGGGACCCUUGCACUAUCUCCCAGCCGACGUCGUACUGGCCCAGCCGCGAAGACCUGCUGGCCACGAAAAAGCUCGCGGACGAUUCUCACGGGAAAACUGCAACCUGUAUCUCCAUCAACCUGGCUGUGCUGAGUUUCCAGCUUCUUCCUGCGAAGGACAAGUUCUACGAUGCCUGUUCGAAGGAAGCCUGGACCGACUAUAACCAGACCUGCCAGGUCGCAGGCGAGCCGUCCGGGAGAGAGAGCGGCGUCGCUGUGCGCAAGAGCGCCACGACCAUGCAGGUCUUCGAGGACGAGCAGACGGUCAAGGACAAGGUGUCGCAGUUCUUGAGCAUUCUGCCCACCGGCUGCGUCGUUCUGUUCGCUGCCGACAAGGACGACCUCUCGGGGCGCUGCUCUGCCGGAAAGCCCGCGCCCAGAGUCCAGGCAGUGUCUGAACUGCUCGCCCUCGAGACCAAGUUGAAGCGGGAGCGAUAGAAGAGAACAAUAAACGAACUUGUCACGCUUGUGUUGGAAAGAG